AUGCUCUACAGACGCCUGACCCCUGGUGACGGCUACCUCGAAGCCCUCAUCAAACCCAAUGUCGAAUGCAUCUUUGGCGAAAUAGCCCGCAUCACAGAGACGGGCCUUGAUAUGACUGAAGGCUCUAGCCACGUGGUGGAUAUGAUCAUCUGUGCGACAGGAUAUGACAUGGCGUGGACGCCACACUUCAAACUUGUGGGACGCAACGGGCGGGACAUCAAGAACGCGUGGUUCUCAAUACCCAAGUGCUACCUGGGCAUGGCUGCGCCCGGAUUUCCCCACUAA